CGUCUCCGUCAUUUUCAACACGCUUUCCGUGCUCUUCAGGUCCGCGUUUCAUGGAAGCUCCCGUCCGGAUCCGGCAGCGUUAUGAGCCGCUGCUCUAAUCCGCCCUGCUGGCUGAGACUCGUACCCUCCGGCGAUAGAGGUGUGCGGGUAGGGGGUGCCUGCACUGGGCCCCGCUCCCCUUAACGCCAUGGACACUCUCUGGACACUCCUGUAUGCCGCCCUGUGUCUCAGUCAGGCCCCACCCUUCAGCUGCACCGACACGUCCCUGUCCUUCCGUUUGGAGCCGCUGUCCGUGGUGCAGAAGCCGGGGGGUGUUGUGCUCCUCCGCUGUGCAGCCCGGCAGCCCACAGCCCUCCUGUCCUGGCUCUUCCAGGGGCGCCCCCUGGAUUCCGGGUCAGCAGGGGGCGCUGUUCGCCUCCGGCCUGGACUGCUUACCCUGCCCUCACUGCAGUAUAGCCAGGCAGGCCGGUACCAAUGUGUGGCACAUACAGAGGCAGGGACCAUCGGCAGCCGGCUCGCCCGUGUCACCGUGGCAGAAAUGGCUGACUUCGCUGAGUCUCGGCGGCGGGCCGUCACAGUGGAGCAGGGGGGCACCGUGCUCAUCCCGUGUCUGAUGCCCCCCAGCACCCCCCCCGCACUUCCCCGGCUGCGUGUGCGUGGGGAAUGGCUGGAGCAGUCCACAGAUGAAUAUUUAAUCCUUCCAUCGGGGAACCUUCAGAUCGCAUCGGCCUCCCCCCACCACCAGGGGGUGUACAAGUGUGGGGCCUACAACCCUGUGACCCGGGAGACGAGACUGGAGACCCACGGCACCAAACUCGCUGUCAGGCAACCCCGGGGGCUCUCGCCUCUGCGGCUCAUCCACCCCCUGGCCCCCCUGACGCUCGUGGUCCUGCAGUCUAAUGACAUCACCCUGGAGUGUGUCCUGGAAGGAAGCCAGGCUCCUCAAGUCCGCUGGACCAAAAAUGGACAGGAAGUGGCAAUGGGUUCUAGCCACAGGAUGGUGCUAAACAACUUGGUGUUGAUGGGCGUGAGUCCCAGUGACAGCGGGACAUACCAGUGCUCUGCCAGCAGCCGCACUGGGGGCGUGGUCACAGCAAACUACACUGUCAUCGUUCAAGAACCCGCCUCCGUGGCACAAGGCCUGACUGACCAAUCGGUGCCUGUUGGGUCUUCAGUCGUCUUCACUUGCGUGGCGAAGGGAAACCCCUCUCCUAAUAUCACAUGGGUGUUCAACUCUGCCCCAAUCAUGCUAUCGGCCCGCCUCCAGAUCUUUGGCUCCUCCCUCCAUGUCUCCAAUGCCUCUAGUGAGGACCAGGGAAUGUUCCAGUGCCUGGUGGACAACGGGAUUGGAUCUGCCCAGUCAACUGGCAGACUCUCUGUCCUUUCAGCUCUAAGUUCCAGGCCACAGAUUUGGGCGCCUCCUUCAGGAGGGCACUUUCUGGAGGGGGGCCCGGUGUCCCUGUCCUGCAAUGCAACUGGCCAACCCCUGCCUGUCAUUCGCUGGUACAAUGCGGCCGGACCCAUCGCCAGCCACCCAUCCCGCCUCCUCCAGCCGGUAGAGGCCACGACCAGGGCCUUUCCUGACGUCUCCCCCUACGUCAUUGUGUCUCGGCCGGGCAGCAGUUUACUCUUCAUCCAGGCUGUGAGUGUGGCCCAAGCGGGAAAGUACACAUGCGAGGCCUCCAACAAGCUGGGCUCCGUAACGGCUGAGGCGUCUCUCUUCGUGGGGCUGUCGGCCAGCACCACGGUGGGUCCUACGUCCAGCACGCCACUUCCCAACAGCCCCGUCCAAAACGAUGAAGGGGAGGAGCCACUGGGCCAGGAGGAAGGCCCGUCGUACGAGGUGGACACACCCGCUGAAAGACCUAGCGACCUGCCCACCCCAGAGGCUCCGAUCAUCACAAGCCCUCCCCAGACACACAGGCAUGAUGCGUAUGACCUGCAGUGGCGGGCGGGGAGAGCCUGGGGACGCCCCAUCCAUGCUUACUUCGUCCGCUACCGUAAGCUGGACGACGAGGGCAACGUGGCAGGCAGCUGGCAUACGAUCCGUGUUCCUGGCAGCGAGAAGAGUCUGCGGCUCUCGGACCUGGAGCCGUCCAGCCUGUAUGAGGUGCUGAUGGUGGCGCGGAGUACGGGGGGGGAUGGGCAGCCGGCCAUGCUCACCUUCCGCACCGGUAGGGAACGGAGCGCCCCCUCCAGCAAGAGUCCCUCGAAGAUGCCCUUCCUGGCUGUGCCUGAGAAGUCCCAGGAUCGCGAGAGCUCCAGCACUCACUUCGGGAUGGUGAUGCAUGAGAGGGUCCCCGAGGCCCCGGAUCGGCCCACCAUCUCCAUGGCGACGGAAAGUUCCGUCUACGUGACGUGGAUCCCCAGGGCCAAUGGGGGCUCACCCAUCACGGCGUUCCGCGUGGAAUACCGACAGCAGAACCGCGGUGCCACUUGGCUGGUGGCGGCUGACAACAUCUCCCCACUCAAGCUGUCGGUGGAGGUCCCAGACCUAGAGCCAGGCUCCACUUACCGCUUCCGCGUCGUCGCCCUGAAUAUGUACGGCGAAAGUCCCCACAGCGCCCCCUCCAGGCCAUACCAGGUGUCUUCGGCCAGCCCGCCGUUAACUGUGCGCCCGGUGGCUGGCCCCCACAUCUCUUCCACGGAUGCCAUCAGUGACACACAGAUCAUGCUACGCUGGACAUACACCCCCUCCAGCAACAACAACACCCCCAUCCAGGGCUUCUACAUCUACUACCGGCCGACGGACAGCGAUAACGACAGCGAUUACAAGCGGGAGGUGGUGGAAGGCAACAAAGAGUCGCACCUGAUUGGCCAGCUUCAGCCUGAGACAUCGUAUGAUAUCAAGAUGCAGUGUUUCAACGACGGGGGGGAGAGUGAAUACAGUAACGUCAUGAUCUGCGAGACUAAAGCCCGCCAGGCCCCAGGCGCAGCCCCUGAACACCCCAUCACCCCGUCGGGCCCGUACCUGCCGCCGUCCUCCAUGCCAGCAGGGGGCCUGCUCUACCUGAUUGUGGGCGGCGUUCUGGCCAUCAUGGUCUUCAUCCUGCUGGUCUUCAUCGUCAUGUGUCUGUGGAGGAAUCGGCAACAGAGAGCCGUCCACAAGUUUGACCCCAACGGGUACCUGUACCAGCCCCCGGAGAUGAACGGUCACAUGAUGGAAUACACUACCCUGCCCAACGGGGGCCACUCCAACGGAUAUGGACAUGGCGGCUCUCUGCCGCCCCCUGCCUGCCACCACUUGCACCACAAGCUGCCCAAUGGCGUGACUCUGCUUAAUGGCUCGCCGGCCCUCUACCCUCACGACCACACGCACUCUCACCAGCCGCCAAGUGGAGGCAGAGUGUACGCGUCGUCACAGCCGGAGUCUGUGGACUGCACGAACUGCCAGAACUUCUGUAACAACAACAGGUGUUACACCAAAGCCAACGGAGCGUUCCCUGGGGGCACCCACCCCAUCGUUCACCGUGCCUCGCCGUGCCCACAGGACGGCCUGGAGCUACUUCCCCUAGCUCAUAUGUCCCCGCCCCCCCACGGCCCCGGCGACCAAUGGCGUGUUGGGGGGGGCGACCGGGAGAGUGUGGGAGAGCCAGACGAAGCCCAGACGGCGCUAUCCUCUUCCCAGAAUUCCUGCUGUCAGUCAUCAGAGGAGGGAGAGCGGGGCAGUCGCUGCGGGGGGGCGGACGAGCCUUCGCGCUGCUGGGAGAGCCGGGAUCUGCCCAAGCUGGACCAGAUCGGCUGCUCAAGGCGCCACUUGCAGGCCGCUGAGUGACACUGCGGGAGCCGGGGGACCAGGGAAGGGGAGCAGCCCGGCCGUGUGGGAUCAGAGGCAACGACACGGACUGUGAGCUAAGAAUAGGGAGGAGUGGGAGGUGGCACCAUACCAGGACCGGAACCCCCAGACGGGGGAGGGAUUUUUUUAAAAGAACAAAAACCUUUUAGAUGCCCUAUUUAUUUUUUUGUAGUAGUAAAAUAUAAUUUCAUAUGAAUGUAUCUGUUUUAAGAAAAAAAGUUUCUUUUAUAUUAUUUAUGCUUUUUGGUGAAAAAUCCUUUUAUUUUUUGUUUUUCAUUGUGUUUUACAUAAAGUGUGGAUUUUAGCCCUCGUGUAAAGUUUUGUAAUAAUACAAAGAUAAACUAUGGAAGAGAGAAACUUUCUAUUUUUGUUUUAUCCCGACGCAAAAAGGACUCGGCGUUUUUCACAUCUCGUUCUAUACGAUGUGACCGAUCCUGUGUAAACGUCGAGAUCCGGUGUCAUGUUAAUGUUUCACUGUGACUGUGGGCUUCGACAAUCGGGUCUCGGAAGGGUAGCACAAAUGACAGCGGACGCAGUAGGGAUGUGGGGCUGAUCCCAGGCUGUGAACUCAAAACUCUUACCCGCGUCUGUGAUUGGCUGCAGGCCGCUGGUCGCCUUUUGAGUCAGUGACCAUGUGACAUGGAUUCGCUUGAGUCAGUAUGUGUGUGUUUCCGUGCCCAGACCCUUCGGGCAUGAUCGUGACUCGAACGUGCUCGUUCACUGCAGGACACUCUCCUUUCAUCGACUCUUUUACAGCAGCCGAAAGUCAUUUGUGUAACUUGACUAUUUAUCUGUUUUUCAUCCUAGUCUGGCUUCAAGGAUCUGUGACCACACAAUUUGUAAAAUUCCAUUAUGUGACCAAAGCAGUGAAAGCAAGGCAAAUGCCACAAUGUCAUUCCACUCAAACGGCUUCCUGACUGCAGAAGCAUGACUCAUCGUAAUAAACGUAUUGCUGAAA